AUGGAAGAACUUGGCCUUGGUUGGACACCAUUUGUGCAAGACAACAAUUUGGAAGUUGGUGAUGUGUGUGUCUUUGAGUUGAUUAACGACGUCAAACCUUUAUUUGAUGUUGUCUUGUUUUGCGCUACAAAAGCUGCAAAUUGUACCUUGUCACCAGCUGAUGACGAUUUUGGCUAUGAUUUUGGUGAUGAUUCUGGUGAUAAUUCUAUUGAAAUCCUAGAUGAUUUUCCACCCGUCCCAAGAAAAACAAGAGAGAAACCUCCACAUAUAUCUCUUGAAAGUGCUGUUGAGAGAGCAAACUCUUUCGCAUCUAAAUACCCUUUUUUCAAGAUUGCUAUGCAUGCCACUUAUAUCCAUGGGCAUCAUAUGAACUUGUCAUCCUCGUUUGUCAAAGAACAUCUUAACCAGACAAGUACUUAUGCCAUCCUUCGGGUUUCAGAUGGAAGAACAUGGUCUGUCAAAUUAGACCAAUAUGGCGAUGCAAGAACUAGAUUCCAAGGUGGUUGGAUGGACUUUGUGAGAGAGAAUAAUUUGGUAAUCGGUGAUGUGUGUCUUUGUGUUGGUUAACAACAUCAAACCUUUAUUUGAUGUUGCCUUUUACCGCACCAAAUCAAAAGCUGCACAUUGCACCUUGAAUAAUUGAAAGAGAAGACUGAUAGAUCAACUAAUUGAAUCUGUACUACCAAGUUGAGUCUGAAUGUUCAAGGCAGAGGAGGCCUGCAAAUUUAAAAGGUGUCCAAAUCCAAACAUAUGUAUGUUUAUUUGUCCUUCAUUGUUGUUUUGAUCACCUUAGAAA